AUGCCGAAUUUGAGGAGCGGAAGCCACUUACGCCGCCUGUCUGUUUGUGCCUUUUCCCCGCUGAGGGAAAAGUCCUCUCUACAGUCCGAAUUCUCUCUCGGCGCCACCUUCCGAAACACGGGUUUUGCAGUUUUAUCAUAUUUUUUUUUCUUCAUUUUGCUUCUUUUUAUUUGCCUGAUUUGCACUUUUAUCACUUUGAUGGACGUUACAGCCUCAAAUUUUCAUAUUUUUUUACGCCGUUCGCCAUGCAUGAAAAAUUCGUAAAACUGUCGAAAAAAAUUCUCGGCCGUAAAUUUAGUUUUUAGAAUUUUUUUCUUUCAAUUCUUAGAACCUAUCAGGGUUGAGCUUUUUUUCGUAUUAGUAGUUGACGCUAGAAAAAAAGGGCUCAAUUUAACAAUCCUCAGUUUCUUGAUCAUGAGCUUUUUACGAACUUUCAGAGAGACUGUCAAAAAACAAAAAAACAAGAAACAAUUAUUACCAUAGCUCUUGUCUGUCUUUGCACAGCAUGUGACCUUUUCUCUCCUCCUAGUUGCAGCUCCUGAACACUUCCUGAUGUCACUUGGAUUCUGUUUGCACUGUCGCAUGUGAUCUUCAACUUUCCCAAAGAAGCAAAACUUUUGUCGGCUACAGUUUUUAUGCAGUUCAGCUUUCAAAGUUGUAAGGUUCACCAAUCUCCACUGUCACCACCCAAAAGCACUUUCAUAUUUUUAAAUGAGUAUCGAAACUAUAACUUUUCAGAUUUGCAUCCAUCUGCGCUCAGUUCGCAGAGGAUCCGUAAAGGGAUGGGAAAACUCGAGAGAAUCGGACGGAGCUUGUGGAAAAGACUCAGUGGAAGAAAGAAAAAGAGCAAGCGUGAUGAAGAAGAAAACAUCGAAAAAAAUUCACGGACUACAGAUGAAGUGAGGUCUUCAUCAGCUAGUUCCAGCGAUGAGGAGACUUACAAGACUUCUCCUGAUGUGGUGAAACAACAUGAACCAACGACCAGCCCUCAAGUUCACACUGUGCCUCGAUUAUACAUCUUAGCCUACUUAAAGCUGGUUGAACAGAAUGUUCGACCUCCAGAACCUCAUGAGCACGAGGACAUCGCCAAGCAAUUGAGAGGCUUCUCGCGGCAAUCAAAGCACUCGGACGACAUCUCCGGCUACGCUACUGACGACACUAUUCUCUCCUCGCUCAACCACAUCGACACGAGUCGCGAGGAGUCUCUGGGCUAUCAUUCGACGAGCGAGCUGUCGCCUCGGGAGCCCUAUCAGCACCAGAAACUGGGCCGCCAGCAUCACCGUCCGAGCUUCCAGUCGGCCGCCGACCUCGCCUUCGUUCCUCACCCGAUGUCUCGGCGCUCUCAGGACCUUCUCCACCGUGUUCCACAGCUCCAGACGUCACUACCGGAGCGAGCUGCGACAAUUGACCAGCUGAACUCCAUCGAAGAUCCGAUUGAUCGAUUCCUUUGCACCAGUGUUUAUAAAACUAAAAUUAUUACAACCGUGUUCGAAGCCAACAACGGCGGUCUUGAAGACGUCUACGACGACGUCGUUGAGGAGAUCGACCGUUGGUUCACUACAAAAAAUAUGAUGGCUGUCGCCUGCGAGUUGCACUUUUCUGUACCCGAGAAACGACGGAACAGACACCUCGAGUGCAGGUAAACAGUAGAAUACACUUUGAUAUUGAAAAGUCCGGAACAACACGGAUGUUUUCAGAUUGAAAGACAAGCUAUUGGCGGCUCUCCGAGAAAAUAAUAAACGACUAUUGUACAUGAAAGGCAUGGGGCGUGGCAAGACGCCGAUUAAAUUGGCCGAGUCCAAGACUGAAGAAAAUAUCACCAAGGAUAUACCGACAGAUUCCGUACAAGGUAAUUUAUUUUUUCUGAAUUAUUUUAAUUAAUUUUGACAGCUGUACAGAACAUCCACAAUCAAAAUUUUUUUUUUUUGAACUUUCUGCAUAUUUCCGAUUUUAAGUAUUUGAGAAAAAUGUUUAUGAGUUCAAGCUCUAACUCAACAAAUCUUGCAAUAAUUUUGAGGGAUCUACCAGCGGAGCUACACGAGACUGCUGCGCUACCUGCACAAGGAGACACCUGAGUGGCACGCGCCUUACUGGCGACUGCAGGUGUCGCCGGAGCAGCGACGGCCCGCUCCAGAACGCUUUCUGUUCGGCCAAGCCAACGCGACUCGAGCCCUCGCCUCCACGACAGUCGUGUCCCUCAACCUCGUCGGCCUUUCCAUCCUCGGCAACCAUCGCCGUUCUUGCGACCUUUUCUUCUGA